CACGUGACGCCGGCGGCCGCCGCCUCCCGCGCACGCCCAGCCCAGCCCAGCCGAGCCGCGGCGGGACCGGCACCGGCACCGGGACCGGCGAGAUGCGCGCGGCGCGGAGGCGGCUGCUGGCGCUGCUGCUGCUGCUGCUGCUGGCGGCCUGGCAGCCGCCGCCGCGGGGAGCGCGGGCGCAGCGCCUCGCCGCGGACGCAGAAAACAGGACGGGCUGUGUCCCUUCUUCAUCGUCAGAGUUUCCUGGAGGAUUUUUUACACCACAGGAGAGAAAGGAUGGAGGAAUCAUCAUCUAUUUCAUAAUCAUACUUUACAUGUUUUUGGCUGUGUCCAUUGUGUGCGAUGACUACUUCCUACCUUCUCUAGAGAUCAUCAGUGAAUGCCUUGGCCUCUCUCAGGAUGUUGCUGGAGCAACUUUUAUGGCUGCUGGAAGCUCUGCUCCAGAGCUUGUCACUGCUUUUUUAGGAGUUUUCGUGACAAAGGGAGAUAUCGGUGUCAGCACCAUCCUUGGAUCAGCCAUUUAUAAUCUUCUUGGUAUUUCUGCUGCUUGUGGGCUGUUUUCCAGUGUGGUUUCGAGGCUAUCCUUUUGGCCGCUGCUUAGAGACUGUCUGGCAUAUACAAUUAGUGUAGCGGCGGUCCUUGCGAUGAUAUCUGACAACAGAGUUUACUGGUAUGAAAGUGCAUCCUUAUUAUUGAUAUAUGGGUGUUAUAUUCUGGUACUAUGUUUUGACAUUAAAAUCAACCAAUACCUCAUGAAAAAGUUCAGUCCCUGCUGUACAUGUUUUAUAAAAGCUAUGGAACAGAACGCUGAGCAGCAACCACUUGUUGGAUGGAGGGAAGAGAGUGGACCUCUAAUUCAUCAACAUUCGAGAACAGAUAGCGGAAUUUUUCAAGAUGAGCUGGACUACUCUCAACUCUCAGAUAGCCUGCAUGGGCUUGAUGAAAUCUCUGAAGAUCAUCCAAGCAUCUUCACCAUGCCUGAAGCAGAUAUGAAGAGAAUUUUGUGGGUGUUAUCCCUUCCUAUUAUUACACUACUCUAUUUAACUAUACCAGAUUGCAGAAGACAGUUUUGGAAGAACUGGUUCAUGGUGACAUUUUUAAUUUCAGCAGCAUGGAUUUCUGCAAUAACUUACGUUCUUGUAUGGAUGGUAACAAUAGCAGGUGAAACACUGGGAAUUCCGGAGUCAGUAAUGGGUCUCACAUUACUAGCAGCAGGAACAAGUGUACCAGAUACAGUUGCAAGUGUGCUGGUGGCUCGAAAAGGAAAUGGAGAUAUGGCUAUGUCUAACAUCGUAGGAUCCAACGUAUUUGAUAUGCUCUGUUUGGGAAUACCCUGGUUUAUCAAAACUGCCUUCAUAAAUACAUCGGGACCCAUAGAAGUGAACAGCAGUGGUUUGACAUACACAGCCAUUUCUCUUAUCUGUUCUGUUGUUUUUAUUUUUCUGGCAAUUCACCUGAAUGGCUGGCAAAUAGAUAAAAAAUUGGGAGCAAUUUGCCUUGUACUGUACCUAGUAUUUACUAUAUUAUCAAUUUUAUAUGAACUUGGCAUCAUAGGGAACAAUCCUACAAGGGUCUGUGGUAACUAG